UUGGGAACGUUUUAAGCAGUUAUGACGAGAAAUCGCUUUUAAUGAGUGAAUGCAGUAACCUAUCCGGUAAAAUUGAAGAUUGAUGUGAAAAUGGCAAGUGCGAAAUCGAAAAGAACUAAAAACGAAAAGAAAAAGUUGAUGGUUGCAGCCAUUGAUUUUGGAACCACAUUUUCUGGCUGGGCUUUUUCCUUUGACCAUGAUUAUAAAUCGGAUCCAACAAAAAUAUCCUGCAAACAGUGGAACAGUGGAAAGAAUAUUUCUUUGAAAGCACCGACAACAGUUCUGAUAAAACCAGAUGGACACACACUGGAAGCGUUUGGUUACGAGGCAGAGGACAGGUACGCGGAAUUAGCGGACGUUGGGGAACAUAAAACAUACUACUUUUUCCAACGCUUCAAAAUGAUGCUCUUUGACAACAAGAAUCUAACCAGAAAUGAGGAGCUUGAAGACGACAAAGGUAAACGUCUACCCGCUAAACGUGUAUUUGCUAUGGUGAUUAGAUAUCUCAAAGACGAUUUGCUGAAAGAAUCUGAGAAGAAACUUGCUGGAGGACUUAAAGAGGAAGAAAUACAGUGGGUGUUAACUGUGCCUGCAAUAUGGACCCCACCAGCUAAACAGUUUAUGAGAGAAUGUGCUAUUGAAGGUGGUAUACAGUCACAACAUCUUAUGAUAGCUCUGGAGCCAGAGGCAGCUUCUUUAUAUUGUAAAUACCUAACAAUACAGAAACAGAAAGAUGGGACAGCAGAUUCAGAAGUACUAUCUUCAUUCGAACCUGGCGCGAGGUAUAUGGUUGUCGACGCUGGAGGUGGGACGAUUGACAUUAUAGUUCAUGAAGUGUGCCCUGAUGGAACAUUGGAGGAGAUAUAUCAAGCUAAUGGUGGAAAUUGGGGUGGUACAAUGGUUGAUAAAGCUUUUCAAGAUUUUUUAACUUCAAUUGUUGGAAAAGAUGUCAUGAAGAGAUUUCAAGACGACCAUAAGGAUGAUUUCCUUGACCUUCAAAGAGAGUUUGAAGUGAAGAAAAGGUCUAUCAAACCAGAUCUUAGUUCAAAAGUAAAACUUAAAAUACCCGUUUCGCUGUCUGCUAUUUACAUAGAUUUAUACUCGAAAAGCGUGAUGAAUGGUAUUGAAAAUGAUAAAGAACUGAACGGAAAGGUAACCUUCAUGGCGGAUAAGGUUUUGUUCGAUUGUAGUUUGUUUAAAAAACUUUUCAGCUUAACAACUGAUCAUCUGAUUGAACAUUUAGGAAAAAUUCUGCAAGAAAAAGCGACAGCAAAUACGAACACAAUUUUAAUGGUCGGUGGUUUUUCAGAGUCUCCAAUGUUGUUUGAAGCGGUGAAGACAACGUUUAAAGAGAAAACCGUAUUAUUACCAGAAGAUGCCGGUCUCGCUGUACUGAAAGGUGCCGUUAUUUUUGGACAUGCCAGAAAAGAUAUCAAUACCAGAAUUAGUCAGUAUACAUAUGGAUUUAAAAUGUAUUCUAUUUACGAACCAAUGAUACACCCAGAAGAAAAAGUUAUUGUUCUAGACGACGGCAUAAAAAGAGUUCGUGGUUGCUUUACAAAACUAAUAGAUAUUGGACAGAAAAUGUCAUUUAAUGAAAUUUCAAGGAAAAGUUGUGCACGUCCAAACAAUAAGGGAACAAGUUAUGGGCUUAAGCUGUUUGCAUCACAAAGAGCAAAUCCUGUAUUUGUAUAUGAACCUGAUUGCUUUAAAAUCGGGGAGAUUGUCGUUGACUGCAUAGAUGAUAAGGGGAAUGUUGGAAACACUACAAUUCAGCUUAUGUUUGGCGGCACAGAAUUUGAGGUACAAGCUAUUCUUGAUUCCACUGGUAAAAAAACGACAGCCACAUUUUCUUUUCUCGAUUAGCCAUAUAUUGAAAGCAAUUUAAAGGCUUGUUUAAAAAUAGAAUAUACAACACUGAAGUGUAAAUGACCAAUAUGAUAACAUUUUUUUUGGUGUUCAUACUGUUGGUAUUUUUUGCAUUGGAACAAUAAUUAAACCGUGUAUUACAUAUGCAGUUAUGUAGACAUUAAUAAUAUUAUUGCAGUAUAUUGCGCAGUAGCUCAUAAAGAUAAAGGUCACACAUUGAAAUGAAUGAUAUUCAAAUGAAAAUAAAACAGAUAUGUAGCCUACUAUUUUGUCUAUUUCAUAAUGUUGUCAUCGAAAGAAAUAUUUAGAAAUUAUUUAGUACAAAUAAUCACAAAGAUAAGAAAGUUUGCCGGGCAAACAUCAAGUUAAAUAGUUCAGACUAUAUUUCGUGUCCUGUCAACUAUUUUGUCUUUCUUAUAACUUAUGUAGCACUCCACAGUUAAUUUCAAGUUCCUGCCGUCAAUGUCCUACAAGCAAUACGUCUAAUAAUUCUGAUACCAAACUACACAACCUGGGAAAAGAAAACACAUUUUGUUGAGAACAUAUAUGACAUAAGAUUGCAAAUCUACAAAGAAAUUAUCCCACCUGCAAUAGGCAGGCAGUCAAAAAAGUUGCAAUUCAUUCCGUUGAAGCCCAAAAUCUACAGUGGCCCGAGACCCAAAACAACACAUUCCGUCCCUCCUCUGGCAAAAAAUAUCUGCAAAUAUACAGGCUAAAGGAACACCGUCUCUGCUUUAGCAACUCCCUAUACAUGCAAAAUAUCACAAAGAAACAAGUCCUCAACCUUGUAGAUUUUUCGCUACUGCUAAAAGUUUGUACCCCCUGUAAAAUGACUUCUUUUUCCCGUGCAUGCUGUUUAAAAGCAAUGUUUACAAAAAAUGGCGGCCUUGACAUAUAUAAUCAACAGCAUGUGAUUUCUGGCCAUGUUUUCGAAUUUGCCAGUGAUCAUAUUAGAUGUCACAAAAACAAAUUUCAUGCUGAAAAUGCAUUUUAAAGAAACCAGUCAUUUAAAUCCAGAAUAUUCACUAUAUCCAAGAAAUCCUCCCUGGCCAUUCGAAGCUGGGGCUUACAUUACUGUGGGGUGCUACCUUAACACAAAUGUUCCCAAGCGAAAAAUCCAAUUCCGUAGUUAAAAUGUCAAGGUAACAGAAAGAGGUCAAGGACCGAAGUUUCAGGCGGUCAAUAACUUAAACAUUUCUAUAUUUAUUUUGAAAUUACUUAACCUUUAUACAGAUGUUCACCAUCUUAAGCGAAAGCUCCAGGUCCAUCUUCAUCUUUAAUAAUAAGAUAAUUUAAAAUAUCAUUUUACCCUUGUCAUUUAUUUUUGAAAAUCAUAAAGUUAAAUUUUAUACUAUUCAGAAACAACAUUUUUAGCUCGACUUUUCUAUGAAAAGGGGAGCUAUCCUACUCGCCCCGGCGUCGGCGUCGGCGUCGGCGUCGGCGUCGGCGUUGGCGUCACACCUUGGUUAAGUUUUUCGUACCACCCCACUUUAUUUCAGAAGUAUUACAAGUAUGGCUUUGAAACUUACCAUACUUGUUCACCAUCAUAACCUCCAUCUACAGACAAGAGUUACAUAACUCUGUCAAGGUUUUUGACAGAAUUAUGGCCCUUUUUUGACUUAGAAAGUGUAUUGAGCUUGGUUAAGUUUUUUGUACCACCUCACUUUAUUUCAAAACCAUUGGAGGUAUUGCUUUGAAACUGACCAUACUUGUUUACCAUCACGACCUUCAUCAACAGACAAGAGGACAUAACUCUGUCAAGGUUUUUGACAGAAUUAUGCCCCUUUUUGACUUAGAAAAUACAUUGAAUAUGGGUAAAAUCCACUUAUUGCCUUAACCCUUUGAGAUAUUGCUUUGAAACUUUUAAUGCUAUUUCACAUCAUUACCCCCAUCUGUACGCAAGAGAAGGUAACUCUGUCAAGGAUUUGUUUUAAAAAUUAAGGCCUUUUAUCGACUUAGAAUCUUGGUUAAGUUUUUAGUACCAGUCCACUUUUUGACUGAACUGUUUGAGAUAUUAAUUUGAAAGUUGGAAUACUUGUUUACAAUCAUGAUUCCCAAAUUUAUUUAAGGCUCAACUCAGUUUUUUUUUCUUUCUUACCAGCCCUCUUUUGACUUAAACAUUUCAAACUUUGCUGCAGUGUUCAAGGGUAUCACACAAUUCAGUAAAAUAAUUCUUCACUAAAUAUCUUAAUGCUCAUGGCCAUUGUUCACUUUAAAAAUACAGAGAUUCUUGUAUUGCCUUUUACUGCAAAAACUUUUUUUAUUGGCAAGCAAUAAAAAAGUCGAGCGCGCUGUCUUACGGACAGCUCUUGUUUUCUCUUUACUGAGCAUAAAUGUUGUUCUUUCAAGCCAUUAUAAGCCUUUUAAUAUAUGAAUGAAUCUUACUAUGUAAUUUUAUUCAUGGCGUUUGUUGCAAGCAUGCGACCCUCAUACACAUUUUCCUUCAACGUUGUAAACACAAGAAAAUCCAGUCUGAUAAUGCUAGAAAUACUUGUAUGAACAUAAUGUUGUCAUUAACAAAUUUUUACCAAAAUGUGUUUGUAAGUUUUUAAAUUAUAUGGACACCAGCCUCUGUAAAAUAAAAAUAAAGCAAAAUAAGGCAACAUGUAAUUGGAGAAUACUACUUUUAAAGCCUGCUGAUACAUUUUGGUCUGUACAUAUACAAUUGGCAUACUUCAUACGGAUUUGUUAGAUUUUUAUAUGUCGUGACAUUGAUGAUUAUGCCAGCAAGAAAAUGAUUAAGAUAACAUUUCACCAGUCUAAUUAUGUGAUACUGAAUUAUGAUAUUGUAAAUCUUUUUCUCAAAUACCUUUAAUGAUUUGUCAAAUGACGUUACAUCGUGUCUUGAAUUAGUCAUACUCAUACAACGAGGGAUAUCAAGUCAACAAAUUGGCUUGUUUGUUUAUGUUUUAUUUGCACCUCGUUUACUCAAGCAGAAUGAUUGUUGUUCAGAUACCAUGCUAUUAUGACUUAAUAAUGGCUUUCAAAUUGCUGAUAUAGUAAGUGUACCCCAUUGCUGUUAUUGUUAUUGUAUCCAUUAGCUGUUAUUGUAAUUGUAUCCCAUUGCUGUUAUUGUAAGUGUAUCGUAUUGCUGUUAUUGUAAGUGUAUCCCAUUGUUGUUAUUGUAUCCAAUUGUUGUCAUUGUAAG